UGUUUUUGCAAUGACUUUCUCCUCUCCAGACAAAACAAUAACAAAACAAACUAAUAGUUUUGUAAUUUCAUAAUUUCCUUGCCCUUUUUGAGUAUGCAUCGUCAUUAUCAAUUGUCUAUUAAUUACUUGAAUAUACUCCACGAUGGUCAGCAAGAUUCUAUUUCGUAGUCAGAAUUGCAUGAACUUCAAGUUGCAAAAAUUUUGGUCAGAGUGCGAAUCACAGCAGCGUGCAAAUAAUUCACCACAACUGGUCAAGUAAUUUUUGUCAAUUUAAUUAAACUUCAGAUUAUUUAACCAGCUAAAAAUUUGCGACAAUGGGCGAACCGACUGACCUUAAUCAACACUGCUUCGUCUGUGGGUUAUCUAAACUCGCCUCUUUGACGCAGCCUCGUCGUCGCUACGGUGAGUUGACGACCAUUUUUAAAGCUUUAUUGAUGCUGACCCCACUUCGCGACAUGAUUCCUCCCCUCGUCUACGACAACUUUACAACCAAUGUGGAAACCUGCACUGACUGCUUGUCCACGAUAAAAGAAGUUUGCGCCCUACGUCAAGAAAUUUCCAACUUGCAAACAGAACUGGACGGACUUUUGGACAGGGCGAGGAUUAAAUUGACCAAUUAUCCGGAAAAAUGCAUUAAAAAAAAUUCACGACAAGGGAAGAAGAGGAGAAACUCGUUCAGAGCAACAGCAACAACUGACGAAGAAGUCAUCCAAAUUAAAGAAGAGUUUGAAGAUGUCGAAUAUUUCUGUGAGGAUGGUGGCGUAAUUCUUCCUGAUGCUUCACUCGAGGACAUUGAAAUUGAAGAAUCCAUACACAAUGAUCUCCAGGACGACGAUGGGUUUGCAAAUCUUUCGCCAGAAUCGUUAAUUAAUGAUGACGAAGAUCCCGAUUAUUCUCCUUCCACUCGAAACGACAAAUCACUUAAUUGUGCCAAACGUGGUAAAUUAUUAAACAAACUUUCCCACGUUGUUCGGCCUGAAGUCGUGAGUCAUGAUGAUAACUCAAUCCCUUCAGCCCCUGAUGGCGAUACCUCCCGAAACAAAGAUUUCUGCUGCUCCAAAUGUGGAAAAGUGUUCAGCUCACGUUCACACGUGACACGUCAUGAAGUCGAAGUGUGUAAACUUCCCGACCCUAGCAGUACAAGGCUCAAGUUUCAUCCAUGUGGGCAGGAUGAUUGUGAUCGUAAAUUUGCUAGCAGAACUGAUCUCACACGCCAUUGGCGAUCCUCGCACAACUUGGACAAAGCUACAAUUAGGGAAUUGACACAGCAACGAGGAGUCCCUCGUUCCUCAAAAUCCGUUGUUGUCCCCCAAAAAGAUUUAGUUGGACCCCAUCCUUGCUCUAAAUGUGGAAAAGUUCUAAAGAAGUUUUUAUAUCGGAUAUCCCAUGAGGUCACUGUGUGCAAAAUACCCUACACGGACGAAGAAUUGGCCCAAAUGGGGGCAAAAUUCUAUUAUUGCGACCAAUGCGAAAAGAAGUUCAUUAAUCGGAAAGAUCUCGUCAGUCACCAACUUGUCCACACCGGAGCUAAGCCUUUUCAAUGCACAAACUGUGGGACAUCUUUCACCCAAUCUUCCCAACUUUAUGUUCACCAUAGGACACGUUGUGAAAAAUCGCAGAAACCCAACGUUGUUAAAAACCAAGAGCAAGUCAUGAAUUAAGGAAUGCCUAAAAUAAAUACGUACAAUUUCCUUCUUUGUCAAAAUACUUAUUAAUUAGAUUAUGAGGAUAGAAAUAAGAUUCGGACAGCCAAAUGCAUGUUUUAGUAAUGUAAAAGUAGAUUUUGCUAUACAUAUUUAGAUACUUAUUUGUGUGUACCAGUAUCUUGUUAUGAACGAGUAUCGUAAUUGAAUUGCAUGCAUAACUAUGGUCACUUAUGUAGUUUGCAUUAGAAACUGCAUAUUGCGAAGAUAUUUAAUAACUAACGUGUAAAGUCAUUCUUCAUGCAUAUUUACAUUCAUUUAGAAAUAAAAUCGAUAUUUAUGCAUAGUUUAGCAAAGGUGUUAAAUAAUCAUAUUCUGUAAUCAUCAACCUCCAGAUGUUUAUUAAAUAAAUGUGAACACUUCAGUCAGAUCAUAUAAUUCUACAAA